AUGGCACUUGGAAUUCCAUUGUACAUUCUGCUCAAUGCCAUGGUAUCAUUGAGUAAAGAGGCAACUGUUACUGUAUCUACACCAAUUACAAGCCAACAAAGUAACUGGACAGUUAACAAAACAGAAGCUGAAUAUACAGAGGGGCCCAUAGCCCUGAAGUUCUCUCACCCCUGCCUUGCAGACCACCAUAGCUACUGUAUCAAUGGUAUUUGUGCAUUCCACCAUGAGCUCAAGAAAGCCAUCUGCAGAUGCACUACAGGUUAUACUGGAGAGAGAUGUGAGCACUUAACAUUAAAUUCAUAUGCUGUGGAUUCUUAUGAAAAGUAUAUUGCAGCUGGAAUUGGUGUUGGACUGCUAUUAAGUCUCUUCCUUGCUAUUAUCUACUGCUAUGUAAGAAAGAGGUGCAUGAAAUUGAAACCUCCCUACAAAGUCUGCUCUGGAAACAAAAGGCCACUGUGA